AACAUUUUAUUCAAUGACCAAUGAGAUCAAAUAUUUCCUACCCGCCGCCAAGUUUAUUUCUUCAUAUAUCUGCACGAACUUGGCUGGUUUUGUCGUGCAGUGUAUAAAUUAAAAUUGCGUUAAUUUUGUAAUGGUUUGGAAAUUAUGGUAGUAGAAUAAUCAGUGUAGUUAGGGAGCUAUUGAAAUAAACUUUAACUUUGAAGAUAUCCAAGUAUUUAACUUUAAUGUUAUGGUAUUACAGAAGUCGCCAUUUUGAGCUUCGAUACUUAUUAGGAAUGAUUUGGCCAGAUAUUUGAGUAUUUAUUAUUUUUGUAAUACACUUUACGAUAGAUAAAAUGUCUCAUCAGGUGAAUACAACAAACUGGCUGAUACAAGGAUCCAACGGCCAGCCACAAAUGAUCAAGUUGGUUCAACCUACCGGCAAAACAUUGGGUGGAAUAAUGACUUCAGCAAUGACUGGACAACCAGUCAAAAUUUUCAAAUCCUCUUCAUCAACAAAUGAAGGUGAAUCACCACAGAUAUUUACCACAGGAAAGUCACCAAAUCAAGUUUUGAGGACUAUAGGAACCCCAAGGGUGGUAACAAAAACUAUUCCAAUACAUGUCAACAAGAUGCCCGCCAUAAAAACAAUUAAGUUGACUCCUUCGCAAAUGCAAAAUAUAAAAUUUGCCACGACAGGGACCACGAAAUUUCAAAUUUCUCCACAAACUGCUACAGUACCUAUAUUCACAUCCCAAUCCACACAACCCGCUAAAAAUUUAUCUCCACCGAUCCUCACAAAAAGGAAAAGGCAAGACAGUAUUGAACUAGACUAUGCACUGGAAUCGAAAAGAGGCAGGAAAUCUGAAAAAGUUGGUAAAGGUCUGAGACAUUUUUCUAUGAAGGUGUGUGAAAAAGUCAAACAAAAAGGUGUUACGACAUACAAUGAAGUCGCAGACGAGUUAGUAGGGGAAUUUACUAAUUCCGUUAGUAUUAAUAGUUUGGCUGACCAAUACGACCAAAAGAAUAUCAGAAGAAGAGUGUAUGACGCUUUGAAUGUUCUUAUGGCCAUGAAUAUAAUAUCGAAAGAAAAGAAAGAAAUAAAAUGGAUUGGGUUACCAACGAACUCUCUACAAGAAUGCCACCAACUCGAAAAAGAAAUGCAGGCUAAGAUUACCACUAUAAGAGAAAAGGAGAAACAAUUAGAUGACUUGAUAUUGAAUCAAAUUGCAUUCAAGAAUUUGGCGCAAAGGAAUAAAGAAGCUGAAAGAUUACAUGGAAUACCACCGCCGAAUUCGUAUAUUCAGCUGCCUUUCAUUGUGGUCAACACAAACAAAAAGACUAUAAUCAAUUGUAGUAUAUCUAAUGAUAAGAUGGAAUAUCUUUUCCAAUUUAAUGACAAGUUUGAAAUUAAUGAUGACGUAGAAAUUUUGAAAUCAAUAGGAAUGCUAUCAGGUCUGGAGACUGGAAAUUGUACCCCCGAGAAUCUUGAGAAAAUGAAAAAUCUAAUACCGGGAUCUUUAUGGCCAUACCUUGAGAAAAUAGCAACUGGGAAACCGCAUUCUCUGGACUUCAUUCUCACAGCUGCCACCAUGGGUUCCAACUCACUUUCAAUGCUCAAUGUGGAGGAAUUCGUAGAAACAACUUUAGAUGAAGAAAAUUCCCGCCAGUCGUCUAGUUGCGACCCACUUUCUCCAAGUGCCCAAGAUUUUUCAGAUGAAGAAGUCGAGUCGGAUCUCUCCAGUGACAAUGAGCUGAACUAGUAUCCUGAGAGAGUCCGAGUUUGUGAUUUCUAUCAAAUCAUUCUUGAAAUAUGAACGUUUGACACCUAUGAUUAUAUGUACAUAAUAUCUACGUUUGACGAUGGAUUUAUUGAAAGGUAGCCCAAAGGAAAUGGGUUGAGUUGUUUAUAAACAGGCUUCCUAGUUAACAGUGCUCAAAGACGAAAUCUCAUGAAACGAACAGUGUUUUCUGUUUCUAUAAAGUGUUGUAUUAGCAGAUUCAGCUUUAAGUUAUCUAUUGUCCAGGGCAGAAAUUUGAAUCCACCCUUAUUUCAGUAUCAAAUCUGAACAACAUUUAUAACAUUUGGAAAUUUUGAUUAAAUCUUGUUAUUACUGAUACAAUUUGAAUCGAAA